UAUAUUCUGUCAUCAGCAAUCCAUCAGAGUAACAAGUACUUUUCACUCCUCUCGAUCAGCAGCACUUGAAAACAAAACAAGAUGUACGGAAUACAAUUGAAAAGCUUUCUGCACCUUGCUCUGCUUUGCGCCGCCAUCAGCUUGAGUUGGUGCGGAUCCGACUACACUCCGGCCAGUUAUACAGUCACCGGAGAUACUUCCCCACCAGGCGACGGUUACGCACUGAAACAAAUUGUCAACUACGAGUACGCCAUCGACGACUAUUACGGUAACAAACAAUCCAAGAAGGAAACCAUCAAUGGAGUUGAAUACACGGCAGUUGGAGAGUACAAAACUCUCCUUCCGGAUGGCAAGACGCAAGUGGUGACUUACGAAUCGGGACCCGAGGGACACAAGGCUAAUGUCAACUACGAAGAAGGUACUAGUUACGUGGCUCCAGUGGCAACCUACACUCCGGCCGCACCUUCUUACGAAACUCCAGCACCUACUUAUGAAACUCCUGCGCCAUCUUACGAGCCCGCCUACGUCGAGCCACCCUACGAAAAAGUGAAGGUGAGCUACGAAUACGCUGUUGAUGAUUAUUAUGGUAACAAGCAUUCCAAGAAAGAAACCAUCGAUGGAGACACGGCAGUAGGAGAGUACAAAACUCUUCUUCCGGAUGGCAGACAGCAAGUGGUGACUUACGAAUCGGGACCUUACGGUCAUCUGGCUAACGUGGCUUACGAGAAGGGCGAGACCUAUGCUCCGGCACCAUCUUACACUCCGGCGCCACCCGCUCCAGUCUACACUACAGAGGCUCCAGUUUAUACUACAACUACACCAGCUUACACCACAGAGUAUACCACCACUACACCCGUUUCCACGACCGAGUACACUACAACUACACCGGCUUACACUACCACUACACCGGCUUACACUACAACUACACCCGUCUACACCACUACUACACCAGUUUACACCACUACUACACCAGUUUACACUACUACUACACCGGUUUACACUACCACUACUCCGGUCUACACAACAACUACCCCCGUCUACACCACUACUACACCGGUCUACACUACAGAGUAUACCACAACUACACCUGCAUACACUACUACUACACCGGUUUACACUACAGAGUAUACUACCACUACACCUGCUACUACUACACCGGUUUACACUACUCCGGCUCCCGUUUAUACUACAACUCCGGCUCCAUACACCCCACCUGCUUACAGCCCACCAGCCUACACUCCUCCAGCCUACACUCCUCCAGCCUACACUCCUCCGGCUUACACUCCUCCGGCCUACACUCCACCGGCCUACACUCCCCCGGCAUACACUCCACCGGCCUACAGCACACCGGCUCCUUACAAGGCACCACCUAUUGCACCAUACGUACACACGAAAACGUCGGUUCAGUACGUAAAAGUACCUUACGUCGCUCCAGCUCCGGCUCCUUAUUACGCACCAGCUCCUACCUACGAAACUACCACUUAUGCCCCUACCACUUAUGCCCCUACCACUUAUGCCCCUACCACUUAUGCUCCUACUACCUAUGCACCAACCACUUAUGCACCUACCUAUGCCCCAGCUCCUGCUUACGCUGCACCAUCUUACAGCGCUCCUGCUCCUUCUUACCCUGCAUAUCCCCCCUACGCCAUUUCGUCUUACCCUGCUCCCGUUCCUCAGUACCCUGCUCCGGCUGCUCCAGCUCCAUCCUAUUACGUUGCUCCAGCUAAAAUGCCAUCCUACGCUGCCCCUAGCUACUCUGCGCCGACACCCAUGAUGUCCGGCUACGGUAGACGAUAGGCCCGACUCCGGUCGUUUGUCGUUCGGUCAUCAGAAUCCUGCCUUAACAUUUAAACUUUUCAAUUUCAAAUGUUUACACACUUAAUGACGCCAUGAACUUUCUUGAUCUUUAUUAUUUUUUUAGUUUUUCUUAUAGUUAGGUAAUAGUUCAAUCUAUAUGACAUAACAUUUCCAAUUCAAUUUCAAUUCAAUAUGUUGAUGCAAAAUGGAAAAUACAUUUAAUUCAAAUUCCUAA